GACGCAAAUGGCAGAAGUCGCUCCAGCUCCGGCAGCCGCCGCUGCCGCCGCUCCGGCCAAAGCUUCCAAGAAGAAGGCUGCUUCCAAGCCUAAGAAGGCGGGUCCCAGCGUCGGUGACCUGAUCGUGAAAGCCGUCUCGGCCUCCAAGGAGCGAAACGGCGUGUCUCUGGCCGCCCUGAAAAAGGCUCUGGCGGCAGCAGGCUACGAUGUGGAGAAGAACAACUCCCGCGUCAAGCUGGCAAUCAAAAGCCUGGUGACCAAAGGCAUUCUGGUCCAGACCAAAGGGACCGGCGCCUCUGGCUCGUUCAAGCUGAACAAGAAGCAGGCGGAGGCCACCAAGAAGAAGCCGGCCAAGAAGGAGGCUCCGAAAGCCAAGAAGCCAGCCGCAAAGAAGCCUGCCGCGGCCAAGAAGCCCAAGAAGGUGGCUGCGAAGAAAGCCGCCUCCUCCGCCAAGAAGUCCCCGAAGAAGGCGAAGAAGCCCGCUGCGGCAGCUAAAAAGGCGACCCCUAAGAAAGCUAAGAAGCCGGCAGCGGCCAAGAAGGCGACCAAGAGCCCCAAGAAGGCAAAGGCGGCAGCCAAGCCCAAAGUGGCAAAGCCCAAGAGCAGCAAGGCUAAGAAAGCGGCUCCUAAAAAGAAGUGA